UCAAAUACCGUGUUCAUUGAAUUGGUUAUGAGAUUUGGUUAACAAUGAGUUUCGAAGUACUGAGAAAUUCGAGAUUCAUUCUUGUCUCGGUGGUUUAUCUCAGCUUAUUUUUGGACAACAUUCUUCUGACGGUUGUUGUGCCUAUUAUUCCUGACUACCUCUAUUCCUUGGAAGGAAAUGCAACCGUUGAUGCAGAAACUGACGAAAACGGUCGUGUUGGUUUUCUACUAAGUUCCAAGGCCUUGGUCCAGCUGGUCCUGAAUCCAGUGAUUGGAUCAUUGACGGGAACUCUGGGCUAUGCCCAACCACUUUUCAUAGGCAGCGUGAAUCUACUGCUCGCCGCGUUAUUAUUCGCGUUUGGCCAGUCCUAUGAGGUGUUGUUUUUGGCAAGGAGUAUUCAAGGCGUAUCUUCCGCGUGCAUUGGAGUCUCUGGCAUGUCGUUGGUGGCCUCACGAUACUCAGAGGAAGAAGAAAGGUCAAAGAUCAUGGGUUUUGUCCUAGGCAGUAUUGCCCUCGGUGUUUUAUUGGGAUAUCCCAUUGGCUCGAUUCUCUACGAUCUGAGUGGUAAGACGGCACCACUACUGCUCGUUUCGGUCUCCAUAGUCUUCUUGAUCUGUUUUCAACUCGCCGCACUGGAUUUUCACAUGAUAAAACAGCAGAAGACAGAACCACGUACCAACUGGAUGUUCCUGUUGUCCGACAAGAAGAUCAUAAUAGUCUCCGGAGCAAUCUGGUCCUCAACUUCAGCCAUGGCAAUAUUGGAACCGUGUCUUCCGCUCUGGUUAAUGACCCACGUUAAGCCCAAAAAAUGGCAACUGGGAACCGUUUUCAUUCCGGACAGCAUCGGCUACUUGGUGGGCACUAAUUUCUUCGGAAUGGUGGCUUAUCGCAUUGGCCGAUACAAAACGGCCAUAUUUGCCAUGCUUCUUGUUGGCGUUAGCGCGAUCCUGGUGCCACUAGCAACAACGAUGUCACAACUGGUGAUCCCGCACCUGGGAAUGGGUCUGGGGAUCGGUAUCGCCGACGCAGCGCUGGUCCCACUUUUGGCGUCGUUGGUCGACCAGGAGGACGGUUACGGACCGGUUUACUCCUUGCAACAAGUGGCCGUCAGCUUGGCGUACUCUCUUGGGCCUAUCAUCGGCGGUGAAAUGGUCAGAGAAAUCGGAUUCGCAUGGGUGAUGUGGGUCGUUGGUAUUGUCAACAUUGCCUACUGUCCACUUUUGGGAUACUUGGCAACCAAGGAUAGGAAACCCCUUGCUCAGGAUGGAUGUAAGGACUACGACGCCGUUCAAAAAACCACCGCCAAAUACGAGAGGUUUUAUGAUUCGGACGAUACUUUGUGA